AUGAUAGGCCUCUCGGGCUCUGUCGAAACGUAUGGGGGCCGCGAGGGGUAUUGUAGUAUGCGCGGUUCUUGCGGUUCUAAGGGCUGGUUUGGGAAGCCGCUACCGUGCCCUUAUGAUGGCCCGGCUAGCGAUGUGAGUGUAUCUGUACACUCGUUGUAUCUGCUUAAGCUUAGUGUCACUUUCACCCAGGAAGACGUGGACCGCGACCUCCUCGUAUCGCUUUGUGGAGCAGAUUAUGCCGAAGGACCGACCUGCUGCACGACCGACCAGCUAGAAACAAUGCGCGACAACCUGGGUCUUGCGGAGAAUAUUAUUUCAUCCUGUCCAGCUUGUCGCAACAACUUCCGCCAAUUCUGGUGCUCAUUCACAUGUUCUCCGAAUCAGGGUACUUUCUUGAAUGUCACGUCAACACAGACAUCUCGAACAGACCAGGAGGCCGUACAGUCCGUUGACUUCUACGUGUCUGAACGAUUCGGAGAGGGGUUUUAUGAUAGCUGCAAGAGCAUCAAGAUGGGCAGUACGAAUGGAUAUGCGAUGGACCUCAUUGGCGGUGGCGCCAAGGAUUACUCCGCAUUUCUCAAAUUCAUGGGAGACGAGAAAGACAUAGGAAGCCCCUUUCAAGUCAACUACCCGGCAUCACUUCCUCCCGAGAUGUCCUACUUUGAUGUGACUCCAAGAAACUGUGCAGACAACGAUCUUAGCAGUAGGUGCACGUGUAUAGACUGCCCCGAUGUCUGCCAAACCCUCCCAUACAUCCCACCUCCCAAUUUAGCGCCAACAUGUCAUGUAGGCAUGCUCACUUGUCUCUCAUUUGUCCUCGUUAUCGUCUAUUCUCUUGCAGUCAUUUCGUUCCUUUUCGGGUACGUCUUGCAGCUAUCUAUCCGCAAACGCAAGUCAUACGAACGCGUCGCCCUCAAUGUGGAUACUACAUCUGAGCAUGUCACCUCUCCUCGCGUCAACGGUCGUGGUCUUGUGGGCGCGUCUUCGCUCGCGCAACACGUAGAUGGAGAAGAAUCCACAGGCACCCAGUCGGAAUCUCGCAACCUUGGCCGCGGUGCAUCGUUGUUAGAUCCGAUUGAAACUGUGCAACCGCGCCAAUAUCGCUUGAAUAACGUUUUGCGACGCGCCUUUUACCGCCUGGGUUUUGUUGCGGCUACCUAUCCUUGGCUGACUUUUGCAAUUGUUUUCGCGAUCGUCGGCUUGCUCAAUCUUGGAUGGAAGAAAUUUGAGGUUGAGACCGAUCCAGUACGUCUGUGGGUUGCCCCAAACUCAGAGAGCAAGCUGCAGAAGGAGUUUUUCGAUGAACACUUUGGCCCCUUCUAUAGGGCCGAGCAGAUUUUCGUUACAUCUUCUCAGAUUGGCUCAAGCGAUUCGUCCGCGGAACUCUCGGUUUACAAGACGGAGCCGGUUCUUUCUUGGGAGCGCUUGAAGUAUUGGUUCGACGUCGAGGCUGAUAUUCGCGGACUACGAUCGUCGCCCAAUGGUUACACUUUGGAUGAUGUAUGUUUUAAGCCUGCAGGACCUGACGGAUUUUGUGUUGUGCAGUCCGCUACCGCAUGGUUCGGCAAUGACCUGGAGAUGUACGAUCGCGAUACCUGGGCGUCGCAUCUUGUUGAUUGUGCUACUUCUCCUGUUGAAUGCUUACCCGACUUCCAACAGCCCCUCGCACCCCAGUACGUCCUAGGUGGAGUUCCACAGACAGACGUCCCAUCAAGGUUCCUAGACGCUGAAGCGCUUGUCGUCACCUUUGUCGUAUCGGACUCCCUGGAUGCAGAAGAGCAAGAACGUGCCAUGGAGUGGGAAAGGGCCUUGCGCGACUAUUUGCAAGACUUGAGCGAGCGAGCACCACGUGAAGCAGGUCUCGAAAUCGCGUGGUCAACGGGCGUAUCAUUGGAAGAAGAGAUCAACAAGAGCACAAACACUGACGUUAAGAUCGUGAUUCUCUCGUAUCUCGCGAUGUUCUUCUACGUUUCGCUUACUUUGGGUAACGGAUCCUCUGUGGGACGAGAAGAAGGUCUCGUACCCUCUCUCAUUCAAUGGGCUACCAAUCUCCCGAAGUUGAUAAAUCGUCAAGGGAUCAUUUCUUCGUCUCUGUCAGUUGACUCACGGAGCGACCCUCGGCUGUUUCCGCGACUGCCUCGCAAAAUAUUCAUCGGCUCCAAAUUCACGCUCGGGCUUUUCGGCAUUGCCCUCGUCAUAUUGUCGGUGUCAACUUCAGUCGGAUUCUUCUCUAUAGCGGGUGUGAAGGUUACGCUUAUUAUUGCAGAGGUAAUCCCUUUCCUCGUGCUGGCAGUCGGAGUCGACAAUGUUUUUAUCCUCGUGCACGAGCUGGACCGUCAAAACCUACUCCACGGCCCCAAUGCUACCGCAGCGACACAGGGCAUUGAGUAUGGGUUUACCGCGCCGAUGUCACCCACACAUUCACGAAGUCGAUCUCAAUUCGAUUCUUUACACUCGCACGAGGAUUCGGUGGAUGCGGUAUCGACACCGUUGUAUCUAACAGCCGAGGAGCGUGUUGCAAGGACACUCGCAAGGAUGGGUCCAUCCAUUUUACUGAGUUCCAUUACAGAGACGGUGGCUUUCGCGUUGGGAGCUCUGGUGCCAAUGCCUGCUGUGCGCAAUUUUGCGUUAUAUGCUGCCGGGAGCGUUUUAUUGAACGCCAUCCUACAAGUUACUGUGUUUGUGAGCGCUUUAGUCAUUGAUCUGAAACGUGUUGAGGCAAGUCGUGUGGAUUGUUUCCCCUGCAUACGGUUACCUCCUCGCAUUGCUCUCGUGGAUGAAGUACCAUCUGGAAGCGGCCUCGGCACAAUAGCACGUUUUAUUCGUCGCUACUAUGCACCCUUUGUCCUACGUCCAGCAGUCAAAGGCGCAGUGCUACUCAUGUUCAUAGGAGUUCUGUUCGCUUCAAUUAUCUCUAUGCAACACAUUGAACUAGGCUUUGAUCAACGGCUGGCCUUUCCGUCAGAAUCUUAUCUCAUUCCCUAUUUCGACAAUCUCGACGCGUAUCUGGAAAUAGGCCCUCCUGUGUACUUCGUGGUGCAUAACGUCAAUAUUUCAGCGCGACCAGAUCAGCAACAGUUAUGCGGCCGUUUCACGACGUGUGACGAUUUCUCAGUCGCCAACGUUUUGGAAGCUGAACGUGGUCGACCCGAGUCUUCCUUCAUUGCGGAGCCAGCUUCUUCGUGGAUAGACGACUUCUUCAAUUGGUUAGAUCCCGGUCACGAAAAAUGUUGCCGCAUACGCAAGCGAGACCACAGCGUGUUUUGUAGUGAUAGAGACUCGCCCAGAGUGUGUCAAAUGUGCUAUGAAGACCACACUCCUCCCUGGAAUAUUACUAUGACCGGAUUCCCUGUCGGCGAAGAAUUUAUGUCCUAUCUUCGGCAAUGGCUCAUCUCUCCCACUACGGAAGACUGUUCACUUGCGGGGAAGGCUUCAUUCGGAACUGCGUUGUCGUUGUCAUCUACUGGCGAAGAGGUCGUAGCUUCCCACUUCCGGACCUUCCACACACCCCUCAAGUCACAAGCUGAUUUCAUCAACUCCUUCGCCGCUGCAAAACGCAUCGCGGAUGAUCUUUCCCGCGAGAGCGGAAUGAGCGUGUUUCCAUACUCAUUGCAUUACGUCUUCUUUGACCAAUUCGCACACAUUAUUGCCAUUACCCAACAAAUUCUUGGCCUCGGGCUCGCGGCGGUCCUCCUGGUGACUGCGCUCAUGCUCGGAUCGUGGAGGACAGGCGUCAUUGUGACGGGUACCGUCGCGCUUACUGUUAUUAGCGUGAUGGGCGUGAUGGGCGUAUGGGGAAUAAUGUUAAACGCGAUCAGUUUGGUCAACUUGGUGAUCUCGCUGGGCAUUGCCGUCGAAUUCUGUGCGCACGUUGCCCGUGCGUUCAUGAGCGCUGGGACAGGCCUGCCAGUGGAUCAUCCUUCGGGUCAGAAGGAGCGUGAUGAACGCAUGUGGACGGCUUUGGUUGAUGUGGGCCCAUCCGUUUUGUCUGGAAUCACUUUUACGAAGCUCAUUGGUAUGUGUGUACUUGCCCUCACCCGUUCGAAAUUCUUGGAGAUCUAUUACUUCCGGAUGUGGCUUACUCUCAUCAUAUCUGGGGCUUUCCAUGGUCUCAUCUUCCUACCUGUUGUUCUCAGUAUAGCUGGAGGUCCUGGAUUUCCUAUGCAAGAGGCCGAUGAAGAAUGGAUGUCUCACGCAAUACGGAACGAUUAUGAAUACACGCCAUUCCUUGCGGAUGAUGACUCAGUGAUGAGUGAUUAA